UGUGUGUGAAUCUGCACAGAGGAGCUCAGAGUCUCUGCAUGAGGUGCCGUGUAUAGCUGAGGGAAUGUGUGUGUGUCAGGAGAGGUGUGUGACUCUGAGUAUCGGCCCUGUGUGCUGUCUGAGACACAUGUGUCUUCCGGUGAGAAGACCUCCAUCUCAUCCUGUAACCCUUGUUUUCAUCUUACCCCCCAUCUGUCCCCUCGGUGCCUCAAAUCCCUGGAUGCCAUUCCCAGCUCCAUUCUCUCCCUGGCCCUAACCAGCCCUGCAACAUCCUGGAGCCUUUCAGACACCAUGGUUUUGCCCUGGGGGAAGGGUCCUGAGGUGAAGACCUCUGCAAUGGCUUAGUGAACAGGGGCUAUUUUAGGUUUCUCACCACAGCCUGCCUCACAGUUCACCACAUGGGUGUCAGCCCCCAUCCCCCCUUCCACAGGAGAACAGUUACAGUGAAGGGUGAGAGGGGUGGUAGCGCUGGGGUGGGGACCAGGGCACUGAUGUGACAGAGUCAUUGGCUGGGCAGCUGGACCUGGUGGAUCCAGGAAGGCUUCCUGGAAGAGGUCUCUGGCCCCUCCUAAGGACCAUGCUGCAGCCCCACUGACCGAGGAGUAGGGGCCUGAGGGCAGGGCACCUGGAAUGGGCUGUGUGUUUUGCAAGAAGGUGGAGCCAGGGCCCAAGGAGGCUGUUGGCCUGGAAGGGGACUUCAGGAGCUACGGGGCUGCAGACCGCUAUGGGCCUGACCCUACUCAGGCCCGGCCUAUGUCUUCCUUGGCCCAUAUUCCCAACUACAACAACUUCUCCCCUCAGCCCACCAGCCCCGCCUUCCUUGAUGGGGGCACCAUCAGGGCCAUCUCAGGGCCUGGGGUGACCCUGUUCGUUGCUCUGUAUGACUAUGAGGCCCGGACGGAAGAUGACCUCACCUUCACCAAGGGCGAGAAGUUCCACAUCCUGAACAACACUGAAGGUGACUGGUGGGAGGCCCGGUCCCUCAGCUCUGGACAAACUGGCUACAUCCCCAGCAACUAUGUGGCCCCUGUGGACUCCAUCCAGGCUGAAGAGUGGUACUUUGGAAAGAUGGGAAGGAAGGAUUCCGAGAGGCAGCUGCUCUCCGCUGGCAACCCCCGGGGAGCCUUUCUCAUUCGGGAGAGUGAGACAACCAAAGGUGCCUACUCUCUGUCCAUCCGGGAUUGGGACCAGGCCAGAGGCGAUCAUGUGAAGCAUUACAAGAUCCGAAAGCUGGACACGGGUGGCUACUACAUCACCGCGAGGGCCCAGUUUGACUCGGUGCAGGAGCUGGUGCAGCACUACAUGGAGGUGAACGACGGUCUGUGCUACCUGCUCACGGCGGCCUGCACCACCAUGAGGCCGCAAACGCUGGGCCUGGCCAAGGACGCCUGGGAGAUCAGCCGCAGCUCCAUCACGCUCGAGCGCCGGCUGGGCACUGGCUGCUUCGGGGACGUGUGGCUGGGCACGUGGAACGGCAGCACGAAGGUGGCGGUGAAGACGCUGAAGCCGGGCACCAUGUCCCCGAAGGCCUUCCUGGAGGAGGCGCAGGUCAUGAAGUUGCUGCGACACGACAAGCUGGUGCAGCUGUACGCCGUGGUGUCGGAGGAGCCCAUCUACAUCGUGACCGAGUUCAUGUGCCAUGGGAGCUUGCUGGAGUUCCUCAAGGACCGAGAGGGCCAGGAUUUGAUGCUGCCCCAGUUGGUGGACAUGGCAGCCCAGGUAGCCGAGGGCAUGGCCUACAUGGAGCGCAUGAACUACAUCCACCGGGACCUGCGGGCAGCCAACAUUCUCGUGGGGGAGCGGCUGGUGUGCAAGAUCGCUGACUUUGGGCUGGCCCGUCUCAUCGAGGAUGAUGAGUACAACCCCCAGCAAGGGGCCAAGUUUCCCAUCAAGUGGACAGCCCCAGAGGCAGCCCUUUAUGGCAGAUUCACCAUCAAGUCAGAUGUGUGGUCCUUUGGAAUCCUCCUCACUGAACUCAUCAGCAAGGGCCGAGUUCCUUACCCAGGCAUGAAUAACCGGGAAGUGUUGGAUCAGGUGGAGCAUGGCUACCACAUGACGUGCCCCCCAGGCUGCCCAGCAUCCCUGUACGAGGUCAUGUUGCAGACCUGGCGCCUGGAUCCGGAGGAGAGGCCUACCUUCGAGUACCUGCAGUCCUUCCUGGAGGACUACUUCACCUCCACAGAACCCCAGUACCAGCCUGGGGAUCAGACAUAGCUGGUUUGGGCAUCUGCCACCUCUCUGGGGGUGCCCACCAGCCCUUUUCAAUCCCCAGGGCUCUGGUCCCAAAGCCCCCAGGCUUAGAGCCCUAUAGAGUCCUAGCCUGUCAGAGCAAACUGUUUGCUCUGACGCCAUCAAGGGCAACCCACUCAUUUUAAAGAUAGACAAAUAGAGGCUCAGAGAUGAUCCCUUACCCAGUGUGGCCCAGGCAAUAUUUCUCCCUCCAAUUUAGGACCCUAUAUGCUUCUAGUCUCCCUACCUCCCCCCGCCCCCCCCCAAAAAGAAAUACUCAGACCUUAUCUAGUUAUUUAUAAAACUAUAUCCUUUCCCUCGCCUCCUACCCCUGCAUUCCUACCCUGCCAUCCCACCCUGGUCCAGGAUCCCAGAAUUCAACUCCAGUCAUCUCUUGUAUCUGUAAGUUACAAAGAGAGGGAAAAACUUACCUGGAUCCCUUUCCUGUGGAGUGUACCCUGUAGUCCAGGACUGGGGUCCAAGGCCCAGAUUGAGGGAGAGGAUUGCUGAGGGCUUACCCCCCCCCCCCAGUCAAUGUGUGUAUGUGUAUUUGAUUUUGUAAAUAAGAAAAAUGACAAUGUGAAUCCAUGAGCUAUGAAGAUCCCUUCCUUUGGGAGGGAGGGUGGUCAGUGGGAGGUGAGUGGGGCUGCUUUGGCUGCUGGGAAGAGGGAGGACCCUGAGAGCUAAUAAGCACAGGGUACACCAAGGUGUGUCUUAGGCCACCCAAAAGUCCUAUGCUCGUCCCCAUUGAGUUUAGAACAAGUCCAGAGAUGGCUAUAGAAGACAGGCAGUUGGAGAUCAAAAUGACUACUGUGGUUUUAGUUUGUGUGCCGUGGGUUUGCUAAUUCUUUACUUGAUCCUACAGAUUUACUGUUCUUCACAGGCAUAGCAGCAGGCCUCCCUCAAAAGGGGCAGUGGGGGAGGUUCACAGUGGACCCUCUGCAGCUCCCCAAAAGAAGACAGAGGGAGGGGAGAGGGGAGGCCGGAGAGUUAGUCCAGCUCACUGGGUCUCACCUGGACAGCUCUGUGCUCUAGGGGGUUUUGGAGAGGUUUGGAGGCAGUUUUGUUUGUGAUGAUGACUAGGGCCUCCCGUCAGGGCGUGGGCAGGGAUGGAAGGUGCUCAACAACCGGCCGUGCGCAUGUGCAGUGAGGCAUUGUCCCACCCCCAGGUCCCCCUUCGAGGCACUCUGACAGCUGAUGUGCAGCUACAUGGAAACAAGGGGAACCAGAAGUAAGGAUUUCCACCUCCGCCGUCAGGAAAUUGUUGACCCCCUGACUUACUAAGAGGGUGGACAGGGCUGGAGGCUGGGAGCUAGGAAUCACUGCUGUAAUUGGCAAACAAUUACAGAGCAUUAAAUUUGCAAAGGCCCUUUGCUAGGCGGGAUCCCAGGAACACAAACGUGAACAAGACCAGUCCUUGUCCUGGAGGAGUUUACAGUCAGGCUGGAGAGAAAUAAUAAUAACUCAUCUAUUAAGC